AUGAGCGCCAACAACUGCGACAGCAUGACAUAUUUCUCUAACGCUUAUAUGCCAGAUAUGAGGAACGGUGGAGGACAUGACCAUCAACAAGCACACGCGCACUAUGGCGCGGUGCCGCAACAGGGACACGAGAUGGAAGGAUGCGACCAGCAGCUGAGGCCAGCACAGCAUCAUUACCCCGCCCAGCCAGCGCCUGGUAUGCCAUAUCCAAGGUUCCCACCCUACGAUAGGUUGGGUUACUACCAACAAAUGGAACAAAAUGGCUAUCGGCCGGAUAGUCCAUCUCAAAUGGGACACAUGGGCCCCAAAACAGAUGGCUACGGUCCUAACGGUCACCAGCCUCCCACUCCGGCGGUUUAUACGUCGUGCAAGCUACAGGCAGCAGCGGCGACGGCAGGUGGUGUACCUGGCAGCCCUCCCUUGGAACAGGCACAACAAAUGCCUCAUCACAUGCACCCCCAGCAACACAUGGCCCAACAUGGGAUGCCGCCCCACCAGCAACACCUAAUGUACCCUGUGGACGACAUGCAGCAUCAGACGCAGAUGCCCCCCAUGCAUCAGCAGUCUAUGCACGCGCAGCAGGCACCUCCUCAGCAACCUCCGCCAAACACCAAUGCGUCGCUGCCCAGUCCACUCUAUCCUUGGAUGCGAAGUCAAUUUGAACGAAAGCGGGGUCGGCAAACGUACACCCGGUACCAGACGCUCGAGCUCGAGAAGGAGUUCCACUUCAACCGGUACCUGACGCGGAGGAGACGAAUCGAGAUCGCGCACGCGCUCUGUCUCACCGAGCGCCAGAUCAAGAUCUGGUUUCAAAACCGACGCAUGAAGUGGAAGAAAGAGAACAAGACCAAAGGCGAACCCGGCUCCGGCGAUGAACCGGACAAUAUGAGUCCGCCCACCUCGCCACAG